CGUCACCCAGAAGCUCUCUGACAGGUUGGGUGUGAGAACUGGCAGCAGUGGACUAGGACACAGGCCUGGAAAGCAAGCUUUAAACAUGGCUGUGUGUAACAGUAGACUGUGGCCUGUCUGGCCCAUUUUAAUCUUAUUGUGGAUCUGGACAUGGGAAGCUGGCUGUGACACGCAAUAUCAAGCAGAGGAGGUGGAGAUUUUCAGUUCGGACAAACGGGCCAGUCUGGGAUGGACCUCUGACCCACGGGGAGAAUGGACUGAAAUUCGGCUGAGAUUCAGUGCACAGAGUCCAGUGCCUGUGCUGCAAGGUUGCGGAAGGAAAAUAAGACGAACCAUUUUAAGCCACUGGAUGGAGCGUAAAGACGCCCACUAUCUACUGAUGGAUAUUACAUUUGCCCAAGAAGAGGAGCCAUCAGGUCAGCUCAGCCCACUGCGAGUUCACCUUUUUGGCUCAGACACACCCAGCCAGAGAUUUCAGAAUGGCUUUACAGUUCUGGAGCUCCAGACCUCUAAGCUUUUCACUGCAGCAGUCCCCCCAAACCAGAUCUCCAGCUUCCUGAAUCGCAGCCACGCUCUGAGCCUGGGCUCAGUCAGCCGCAGAGGCUUUCAGCUCGGCUUCUCCUACUCAGGCACAUGUGUGUUUAUAACUUCCAUCAGACUGUACUACAGGAGGUGCCCUGACGUCGUGGCUGGCCUGGCCUCGUUUGGAAGGACAGCGGCCGGGUCUGAGCCUUUGAAGGGUUCCUGUGUGGAGGGAGCUGUGGAGGUUUCUCCACCAUUUAGAGAGUGUAAUGUGGAUGGAGUGUGGGGACAACUGCAGGGGGGAUGUACCUGUGAACCUGGGCAUCAAGUCAUGGGUGACACAUGUCAAGCAUGUAGGAUGGGGUACUACAAACCAGCCCGUGACAGCGCAGGAUGCCGGCUGUGCCCAGCAAAUACCAGGACACACAGGGAGGGAUCGGAGCGGUGUGACUGUCUGCGGGGUUUCAGCCGCCUGCCAAAUGACUCUGCCGACCACAGCUGCGCCAAGCCGCCUUCUGCUCCUGUGAAUCUAACAGCCCAUCAUCACAAUGCCUCAACACUGAUGGUGACAUGGGAUCCUCCUCUUGACUUGGGAGGCAGAAAAGAAGUCAUGUAUCACGUUAAGUGUCAGAAGAAAGCGGAGGCAGGCGGUCAGUGGGAGCCAUGUUUGGACAGUGUGACUUUCCUGCCAGACUCAUCGGGGCUAAGCAACACAUCGGUCGGCAUCGUAGGCCUAAACCCGCUGUGUGACUACAGACUGUUAGUGCAAGCCUGGAAUAAUAUAUCCAGCCUGCUGGGGGCGCCACUUGGAUCCACUGCUACUGUGACCAUUCACAGAUGGAAAGUCCCACCUGUGGUGAUUGCUGUGACCCCAGGCUUAAACAUCUCAAAGGAAGAAAUCCCACCAGCUCCUCAGCACCAGAGGCGCCUCUUUAUAUGGCUGACCGUUGGUGUUUUAACUGGUAGCCUUCUGCUCAUGGCUGUGUUCCUCACAACGGUGUGCAUCCGAAAGUCCACUAAACCUUGGCCAGAACAAGAAGUAGAGCUUUUGCCGAUGAGUGCUGAAAUUUCCUACCGACGUUCACGGCUGGUGGAGGCCGCACCACAGCAGGCCAACGUGGUGGAGGGGGUGGCCCAGUUGUUGGACGGGCUCAGUAGCAGGCUGCAGGCCAGUCUGAAGGAGGUCCUGGUGGAGAGAGACCGGCUGACUCUGGGCAAGGAGCUUGGCAAAGGAGAGUUUGGUUCAGUCUAUGAAGGGGUUUUUACACAAGAAGGCGAUGUGGAAAUCAAGGUGGCUGUGAAGACCAUGAGAGUUGGCUUCCACAGCCAGGAGGACUUACAUGAGUUUUUGAGAGAGGCAGACACCAUGAAGAACUUUGAUCAUGAAAAUGUGGUCAGACUACUCGGUGUCACUUUACAGAGAGAAGAGGACUGUCCUCUGCCUGUCCCUCUGGUCAUCCUGCCCUACAUGAAACACAGAGACUUGCGCCGCUUCCUCAUUGCCACGCGUUACGGUGAUGUUCCUAUGUUUGUGCCCCAUCAGACUCUCCUGCACUUCAUGAUUGACAUUGCAGCAGGGAUGAGCUAUCUGAGCUCGCAGGGGUUUCUGCACAGGGACUUGGCCGCGCGCAACUGCAUGCUGGGUGACGACCUCAGGGUGUGUGUGGCUGACUUCGGCUUGUCUAAGAAAAUAUACAGCAGCAACUAUUAUCGUCAAAAAGUUGCUAUCCGGGUGCCAAUCAAGUGGCUGGCCAUUGAGAGUCUGUCCGAGUCUGUGUACACCACCAAAAGCGACGUGUGGUCAUUCGGGGUGACCAUGUGGGAGAUUGCGUCCCGGGGGAGGACUCCCUAUCCAGGAGUCCACAACCACGAGCUGCUGGACCUGCUGCUGUCAGGACUUAGGCUCAAACCACCCGAGGAUUGCGACCAGAAACUUUAUGAAGUCAUGUGGAGCUGCUGGGAUAAGGAGCCAAACCGGAGGCCUGACUUCAGGGAACUGGGCGAGACACUGAAAGGUCUUCUGUCCGAGCUGCCGGUCCUGGAGGCCAGCCAGGAAGCCGUUUACAUCAACCAGGGCCUGGAGGCUGCUGCUGUGGCUGUCUCUCUGGAGCCACAGACAGACCAUGAGGGAAGAUUGGAAAAUGUCUACAUACCCAGUCCUGUGGGUGCUGCUGCUGCUGCAGCAGCCCGAGAUGAGGAGAUGGAAGACGAGGGUGGCUACCUUAAGUAUACUGCUGGAUAAGGUGGAUGAUUAUCACAGGCUCCCACUGGUAUCUGAUUGGCCACCAUGUGUGCCCCCGUACUAAAUCUGAACCAAAACAUAUUUCUUGAUUUUUGCCAUUUUGAAAUAUUUUAUAUAUCUGUAUUGUGUAUCCUGUUUACUGGAAAAUAUCUGUUACAAGAAAAUGUACAUAAGGGUAUGAUAGACUGACCUUUCUCUCAGGAAGAACACACAAACCAAAGCAAUAUUAAUAAAGUUUAAAAUACCAGCGCUAACAGUUAAUAAUAAAAUACAAAAUCAACCGUAUAAAAGUAACAGAUGAUGUAAGCUGCCAUAUGAGUCACGACAGUCUCGUGAACUGUGAUGUAAAUAGUUAUGAGGACCAGCUUCAGUUUACGGUAAGCAGUGACUCAGGAUCACUAGCUGCCUCUUGCUGUUUCAUAGUGAAUGUAAAGAUCGCAACUACGACAGGUAGUAGAUAGAUCGAAGGAAGACAGGGUUAGAUCUGAUCUGAGCCCUGUGUGUGUUUGUUGAAGAGAUAUUAUCCUAAUCAGCUGUUUUGCACUUGCCAAGGAAAAUAAAUCCUUAGUCCAGUUUUAUAGCCAGGAAAUGUGUUUUAUAAUGUAGCUUAUCAUGCGCACUUUACAGGACUUUAUAUUCAAUGAACAGUGUUGCUCACUUGAUGAAUGUAGAAGAAAUUUAAGCUCUAGGGUUAAAUUCUGAGAAGCACCUUACGUAUCAUUGCUAUUUUUAACUGCAGCGUUAAGAAUCAAAUCGAAUUGAAUCUUAAUGGACUGAUUCUGGACUUUGUGAAUCCAAACCAGAUAAGGCAGAAUCAAUCAACUGAUGUGACUGGCUGACUGAUUUUAAAUUGAAAUGGUAACAGCAGUCAAAAUUCUGACUUUUGAUGUCAAACAAAAGAGAAACUGAGGCGUAACUUUGAAAUUAUAACUCAAAAUUGUGGCUCUCAUGUGUGACGGAGUGGACUUCGCAUUUCACAAUUCUGACCUACUGUCAUUAUCAACAUUUAUUUUGCUUUUUUAAAAAAAAAUAUAUGAUACAGUUUUCAUGUGUGAAGAAAUAAUAAUGUAUUUUUUUAAUUAACGUGUUUGCAAGUGAGAUAUUGCAAGGUAUUGGUAAUAAUUGGUAAUACAGUGGUAUGAGUUUAUGAGCUUACCUCCUUUUGAACAUAUGUUACCAAUACUUUAUAUAUAAUGAAUGGUAACUGUUUGUACUAGAGUUUGUGACAAAUAAAUAUAUUGU